UAAUAUCCUACUCAACGCCGCCCUCGCCGGCUGUUUAUUGUCUCAUCUAGCGGAAACGGAACGGGAUAGUUGGACGUUGCUACGUGGCCUGCAUUGACGUGGCAAUUUCAGUUUACAGGCAAUUAAAAUGCUGACCUCCCUAUUUGUGCUGCUGGCCGUGACGGCAGCAUGUGCCGGGGUACCAGAGGACACCAAACGGAUGAUGGACAAGCUCUCAGAUGCGGAGCACUUUAAGAAUGAACAUCACAACAAGCAGUUCGACCAUGAGGCAUUCCUUGGAGAGGACCAGGCCAAGACCUUUGAUCAGUUGCCCCCAGAAGAGAGCAAAAGGAGACUUGGCCUGAUCGUAGACAAGAUAGACGUGGACGGUGACGGGUUCGUGACCCUCGUGGAGCUGAAGGACUGGAUCCGGUACACGCAGAAGCGGUACAUCGAGGAGGAUGUGGAACGCCACUGGAGGCAGCACAACCCGCAGGGUGCCGAGACCAUUCCUUGGGAGACGUACCAGAAAAACGUGUACGGGUUCAUGGAGGAAAUGUCGCCGGCGGAGCUCUCGGCACCGAACAGCGAAGGCUUCACGUACUCCAACCUGCGCAAGCGGGACCGCAGGCGCUGGACUUACGCUGACGGGGAUUCGGACGACGCGCUGAACCGCACGGAGUUCGCGUCGUUCCUGCACCCCGAGGACCACCCCAACAUGCGGGACAUCGUCGUGCUGGAGACGCUAGAGGACAUCGACAAGGACAAGGACGGCAAAGUGUCCUUGGAUGAGUACAUCGGCGACAUGUACCAGGCUGAGGAGGGCGAGGAGGAGGAGCCUGACUGGGUCAAACAGGAGAGGGAGCAGUUUGCAGGCUACAGAGACACAGACAAAGACGGGUACAUGGACGCGGACGAGGUGAAGGAGUGGAUCGCGCCGCCGUCGUUCGACCACGCGGAGGCGGAGGCGCGCCACCUGGUGUUCGAGGCGGACGCCGACGCCGACGAGCGUCUCUCCAAGCCCGAGGUGCUGGACAAGUACGACCUGUUCGUCGGCUCGCAGGCCACCGACUUCGGCGAGGCGCUCGCCAGGCACGACGAGUUCUAGGCCCGUCCCUACUCCCAACCGAGGGCCUGGAAACGGUCUGCAGUAUCUGAUCUAAAUUAUAUUGACUGUGGCUCUAGUGACCGUCGAGAUAUUACUAUAGACAAGCCCCGACAAUGAAAUUGUCGCAAUCGCAACCUGUACCUCGCUAACAAAACGUCGUAAGCGCCGUAAAACUCAUGGCACGUACGCGUUUAGGUCGCGAGACUCACGCUCCGCUUCUAUGGUUUGUUGUCAAAACAACAUCAACUCAAUGUGCAAAAUACUGGUUCUGUGUGCCGGUUGUAUAGGUUAAUAAUACAUAAUAGUACAAUGCUAGUGAAGCGUGUAAGUUUCAUACGAGUUAUAUGAAAUCUGUACAUCUUUUCGCUAGAGCCACAUCGUCAAUUUGGUAUGUAUUUGGCACAACUGUAAGUUACUCGUUAGGUAAGUUGGUAAUGCGAAGCAGUACAGAAGAAGCGUGAUUUUUUUUUUCUUAAAAAAUUAUAAAAUUGUAACAUUUCUAGGAAAAUUCCAUUUAACACUAAAGUAUUUGAACAAAUUAAAUUAUUUCGGAAAAAUAUUCAUUUCAAAAAAUAUUUCUUUUCAGCGCCAUCUCUCUCGCUAACUCGGUAUCACAUGAGUGAUCUAGUUAGAAGGUCCGACCCAUACUGUUCUACCUUAGAGAUGGCCAGGGGGCGCCAUAAGCCUUCAGUAAGAAGUGCAUAUACUUGGAAAAUUUGACCUAUGCAGCUGUGGCCCGGUGGCCGAGUGGCUUAGGCACCUGCCACGAUAGCAGAGGACGCUGGUUCGAUUCCAGCCUGGGGCACUAGAGGCCUUGGUCACUUUUUCUUAGUAUAUGACAUUUAUUUCAGUUUAUAAAUUCCAUUUAAUCCGACUAAUUGCCUGUUAUUAUGUUUAUAUACUUACAGUGGCACUAUACUAUAACUUAAGUGCCAAUUUCAAUUAGUAAAUUUGUUUAAAUCCAGUGUUGCGUAAUAAAUUGUGAUCGUAGAUGUGUUGAGACUUGCAAACGAAAGAUUAAUAAUUAUGAUUAACAUUAUAUCUCACGGAUAAAAUGUUAAAUAAAAACACUAAAGUACAAGCAACUUCAAAUGCAGCGGUUUUUUGCAGCUAAUACUUACUGCUUUAUUGGAUCUAUGCUGAUGUUUCGGGCAUCGUUCUGGCUUGGGGAGUGCUGCAACGUAGCUGCAAAGAGUCACUGUGUGCUAUGACGUUUUAGACAUACUUAAAAUUAUUUCAAAAGGCAGUUAAAAGGGCAACUUGUUCCUAUACGCUUAAGACGAAAGUGGAGGACCCGCGCGAAGUCGCCUUUUCAUAGAAACGUAGAAUUUAGUAGUAUUAAGAGGAAAGGGGACGGCCGUUUCUCCAUACAAACGUAGUUCUCAUUUUCCUCUCUGGAUAUUAACAUAAUUGAAAAUAUUUUGACACAAUUUGUUGUAUAGAUCUAUGCCCAAACGUUUGAUUUUUUAGAGUUAGAGGAGCAUUUAAAAAUUUGUACGAAAUCUGUUUUUCGCUCCUAAUUUUUACCAUAGUAAAACAAUCGAAAAAGUCAAACGCAGGGACAUAGCUAUGGUUAGUAUACAUCCAAUUAUGUUGUAAAAAUAUUUUCCAUAAUGUCAAUAUCCACAGGGGAAAAUGGGGAAGGACUACGUUUGUAUGGAGAAACGGCCGUCCCCUUUCCUCUUAAUACUACUAAAUUAUAAUCCAUUCCAUUUUGGCAAUCUCAAUCUCAUAUACAGUACUUACUACAUGUAUUUUUAUAAUCAUGACUGCCAUAUUUUUCUACUUGGCUCUAAUAUAGAUGUAAGUUUAGAUUUAGUUCAAAACCAAAGUUCUGUUACUUUUCUAAUAGAUUUCUUUCCAUAUUCUAAUGUGAUUCUGUUCUAUUUUAUGUAUUGUGAGUCUCAAUAUCUAUUCAUGGUACAUGUAUGUAAUUUCCUAUUUUGUGAUAAUGG